GCUGUCGCGUGCCGCGCUGAGGGUGCGGCGGAGCCGGGGCUGGCCCGGGCCUGUCCCGGGCCGGGUCUGCGGGAGCGGCGGCGGCGGCGGCGGCGGCGGGGACGAGGCCGUGCGGGGCGUGCGAAGGGCGGCUUGUCCGCAGGAGAGUAGGAGGAGUGCUCCCGUGCGGCCCGAGGGCAGGCUGAGAAGAUGACAGGAAGAGCUAGAGCCAGAGGAAGACCUCCCAGACAGACACCUGCUCUUCCUGCUGUAGGAGAUGCACCUGUCCAGCAGGGUGUGCAUGGCCAGCUGCGCGGCCGGUGGCAUCCGCAGCAGCCGCUGCAGCAUCCCCAGCAGCUGCAGCACCCGCAGCAUCCCCAGCAGCUGCAGCACCCGCAGCCACUGCAGCACCCGCAGCAUCCCCAGCAGCUGCAGCACCCGCAGCAUCCCCAGCAGCUGCAGCACCCGCAGCAUCCCCAGCAGCUGCAGCACCCGCAGCAUCCCCAGCAGCUGCAGCACCCGCAGCAUCCCCAGCACCCGCAGCACCCGCAGCAUCCCCAGCAGCUCCAGCAGCUCCAGCAGCUCCAGCAGCUCCAGCAGCUCCAGCAGCUCCAUGUCCCUCCACCGCAGCCCGAGGAGCCCGGGGCCCACGGGCGCCUGCGCGGCUCUGAGACCGCCCCGCAGGAGAGGAGGCCAGAAGGUCAGAAAGGAUCACAGGUUUCCUCGGGGCUCCAGGAUUUGACUUUAAGAGACAGGGGUGGACGUCGCAGAGAUUUCCAUGACCUGGGGGUAAACACUCGGCAAGCUAUGGUGCAUGUCCAAGAAUCCAAAACUGGCUUUGCAGGGAAGAUGAUCAAGCUGACCACGAACCACUUCCGCCUGACGUCGCGCCCGCAGUGGGCUCUGUACCAGUACCACGUGGGCUACAGCCCCGAGAUGGAGGCGCGGCGCCUGCGCUCCGCCCUGCUCUUCCAGCACGAGGAGACCAUCGGCAGGACACACGCCUUCGACGGCUCCAUACUGUUCCUGCCCAAGAAACUGGAGAGCAAGGUUACUGAACUGUUCAGUAGGACUCGAAAUGGGGAGGAUGUGAAGAUAACAGUCACGCUCACUAAUGAGUUGCCACCUACUUCACCUACUUGUCUGCAGUUUUACAACAUCAUUUUUAGAAGGCUUUUGAAGAUGCUGAAUUUGCAGCAGAUUGGACGUAAUUAUUACAACCCCAGUGAUCCAGUCAGCAUCCCUAAUCACAGGCUGAUGGUGUGGCUGGGCUUCUCGACUUCCAUCCUGCAGUACGAGGAGAACAUCAUGCUGUGUGCAGACGUGAGCCACAAGGUUCUCCGUGGGGAGACAGUGCUGGACACCAUGCACAACCUUCAUGCCCAGGUUGGAGAGGAAAGAUUCAGAGACACCUGUGCUAAGGAGCUCAUCGGUUUAAUUGUCCUCACAAAGUACAAUAACAGAACGUACAGAAUUGAUGACAUCGACUGGGAUAACAAUCCAAAGGGUACCUUUAGAAAAUCAGAUGGGUCUGAGAUGAGCUUUGUGGAAUACUACAAAAAGCAAUACAACAUAGAAAUUAGGGAUUGGAUGCAGCCCGUCCUGAUCAGUCAGAUGAAGAGGAGGAGAGGGAACAUAGAAGGAUCUGUGGCUCUGAUUCCAGAGCUGUGCUCCCUGACAGGACUGACUGACAAGAUGCGCAGCGAUUUCAACAUGAUGAAGGACUUGGCCAUCCACACACGGCUGCCCCCCGAGCAGAGGCAGCGCGAGCUGGGGAGGCUCCUGAACUACAUCCAAAAAGAUGACAAUGUUCAGAAGGAACUUCGAAACUGGGGUUUAAGCUUUGAUUAUAAAUCAGUGUCCUUUACAGGAAGAGUUGUUCAAGGAGAAAAGAUCUUUCAAUCAGGAACCAUGUUCGAUUACAACCCGCAGUUUGCCGACUGGACCAAGGAGACGCGCGGCGUGCCGCUGAUCCGCGCCAUGCCCCUGGACAGCUGGCUGCUCAUCUACACGCGCCGCAACCACGACGUGGCCAACACCCUGCUGCAGAGCCUCUUCAAGGUCAGCCCCUCCAUGGGCAUCCGCAUGAGCAAGCCAAACAUGAUUGAAGUAGAUGAUAGAACAGAAGCUUAUUUAAGGGUUUUGCAACAAAGGAUUACCCCUGACACAAACAUAGUGGUUUGUAUUUUGUCUAGUUCCCGGAAGGAUAAGUACGAUGCCAUCAAGAAGUACCUGUGCACAGACUGUCCCAUCCCCAGCCAGUGCGUGCUGGCUCGCACUCUGAGUAAGCCACAGACUAUCAUGACAGUAGCAACAAAAAUAGCCUUGCAAAUGAACUGCAAAAUGGGCGGAGAGCUCUGGAGUGUUGAGAUCCCCCUGAAGCAGGUGAUGGUCGUGGGCAUUGACUGUUACCACGACACUGUCUCUGGGAGGCAAUCCAUCGCGGGCUUCGUGGCCAGCCUCAAUCAAGCCAUGACACGGUGGUUCUCCCGCUGCGUUGUUCAGAGUCGUGGGCAGGAGCUUGUGGAUGGAAUCAAAGCCUGCUUGCAAACUGCUCUGAGGAACUGGUCCAAGUGGAAUAGGUGUUUGCCCUCUCGUAUUUUUGUGUAUCGUGAUGGUGUUGGAGAUGGACAGCUCAAUACUUUGGUUAAUUAUGAAGUGCCUCAAUUUCUCGAUUGCUUGAAGAGUAUUGGUACUGACUACAGCCCGAGGCUCACGGUGAUCGUGGUGAAGAAGCGCGUGGGCGCCCGGUUCUUCGCCGAGAUCGGCGGCGGGCUCCGGAACCCCCCCCCGGGGACGGUGGUGGACACCGUGGUGACACGGCCGGAGUGGUAUGAUUUCUUCGUGGUGAGCCAGACUGUGAAGAACGGCUGCGUGGCACCCACGCAUUACAACGUGAUCUACGACACCAGCCAGCUGAAACCGGACCACGUGCAGCGCCUCACCUACAAGCUGUGCCACAUGUACUACAACUGGUCGGGUAUUAUCAGAGUACCUGCUCCUUGCCAAUAUGCUCAUAAAUUGGCUUUUCUUGUCGGCCAGAGUAUUCACAAAGAACCAAACCUGAUGCUCUCAGACAGACUGUACUACCUUUGAAGCUGAGUUACCAGCCACACGUAGAGUGUAGUUCCUCUCUAGGUAAUGUAGAAUUGUCUGAGCUUUUGGUUUAGUUUUGGUUUUUCAUAAGAGACAUGCACAGGAUCUGUGCAGUUGUGGAAAUUGUUUUAUUUUCAUUGUACCAGGGAAAAGCUUGAGAUGGCUGACUUGCAUUUUGAACAGGUGUCUGAUUGCUAGAAUAACUACACAAAUUUUUAUGAUUUUUGAUACUUAUUUACUGAAGUUUUUCUGUAAUUCUUCCUGAAAGUUUAUUGGUUGUUCUUAUUUCCAUUUUGAGAAGUCUUACACAGAAUUACCUCUUGCAUGAGAGGUACAGAAGUUAUGCAGACCAGAACCCAAACUCUCCAGCUAGCGCAGUACCCUUCUGAUUUUCAAAGUGCUUCAGUAUUGUUGACUCCUUGUUUUUGUUGGCUGUUAGAAUGAGGCCAGAUUUAUCUCCUAAUUGUUUCAUACCUUAAGGGGAGGUGACCAGACACGCUUUGUUUUGAGGCUGUGCAGGGGUGCAGGACCUCGGGCAGGGGUUUGAGCAGUUGUCAUUGUGAGGGAUUUGCAGACCAGCCACAAACCCUGGUGCUGCCUUGAGGCUCCCUGGGGGCAGAGGGGGCUGUGGAGUGCUGAGAGUGCCAUUCCCCCUCCCCGGGGCGCCAGGGCUGCAUGGGUCUGUCCUCUGCAGCUGCUGCAGCUGCAGUGAGGCUGACAUGCACCACUGCCUGGGAGGAGCUGAAUGCUGGGCUGCUCCUGUCUGAGCUGAAUGCUGGGCUGCUCCUGAGCACAGGCUGCUCCUGGCCGAGCACAGGCUGCUCCUGUCUGAGCUGAAUGCUGGGCUGCUCCUGAGCACAGGCUGCUCCUGGCCCAGCACAGGCUGCUCCUGGCCCAGCACAGGCUGCUCCUGAGCACAGGCUGCUCCUGGCCCAGCACAGGCUGCUCCUGGCCCAGCACAGGCUGCUCCUGGCCCAGCACAGGCUGCUCCUGGCCCAGCACAGGCUGCUGCAUGAGAAACACUGUUUCCAUAGGAGUGUCAGCACUGGCGGGUUUGGGUGUUCUGGUUCUGUAGUUCCAAGCAGUGGGCUGGCCCUGGUUUGUUCGUGUCUGAGCUUUCCUCUGGUCACUGUUCUGCAGCCCAGUUUGUGAGACUAGCAGCAGGGGUGGGGAUGGAGGUUGAUUUCAGAUCUUUGCAGUAGCAGAGUCAAACUACUGCAUGUGGAGAAAUUCUGAUUAGUGCUGGUUUUCUUAACCACCCUGUUGUGAACUUUGUUGCUUUUCUUUGUGAGAUUUAAAUAAAGUUGUUGCUG